AUGUUCGAAAAAUACAUUCCGCCCAAAAUUUUCUACAAGAGGUAUGAGAAUGCCAGCGAGACCGAAAAGGCAGAAAUAGAUGAAGCGAAAAAAGAAGUCCGAGCGAAAAUCACCAAGCUUAUUGGCGAAUUGAGUGCAGUGUUGGAUAAAAGGAGUGCAAUUCUCGACGAUGAGUCAAAGAAUCGCGAAGAUAAGAUAAAGGCUCUCUUGGAGCUAAGAAAAGAGAAUCCAGACGCCAGCGACAUUUUGUAUGUCACGUUUACGCAGUUCCUUCCAAAAAAUAAUUUCUUUGGAAAAUCAGAAAGGAAGCCGUUAGAUGAGCUUGACAAAGAGAAAUGGAAAAAGCUGCUUAAAGAAAUUGUAGCGAACACGACCAAGCUCAUUGGUGAACUGAAUGCGGCGAUGGACAAACAGAUUGCAAUCAUUGACGACAAGUCGAAGACUUUCAAAGAAAAAGGCAAGGCUCUUUGGGAGCUAAGAGAGGAGAAUCCGAAGGUGUACAAAGUUUUGGGGGCCGUCUACGAGCAAUUUACACCAAAGCUUAGACAUCUCUGUAAAAUAUACAAGAAGCUCAAUGAUAAUGAAAAGGCAAAGUUGUAUUGUCUAGUAGCAAAUAGUACCUAA